AUUUUUGCACCUGGUCACCUAUGUUGCCGCCAUAGACUCGGUAAUGAGAUCUUUCCCUCAAGACAGAGAAUCAAAGACAUAAAUCCAGCAGUAUGACUGACCCAGAGCCUCUGGAGGCCGGAACGACGGUCACAAUGCUGCUCUUGGGCGAUCCAGGCUGUGGAAAGUCCACCUUCUUAUCGCGCCUGAAGAGUGGUAACAGGAUGACGCCGUCCCAGCCCGGGACUACUCCAGAUACCCAUUUUGAGAUCCUGCGGGACAGCGAUCAACCGUUCAUUUACGAUAUACGAUUCUCAAAGAAGAAAUUCACAUUGGAGCUACAUGACUCGUCUAAUCCAAAUCAGCACUGGACCAGUCUUCAUCCCGAUGUUGUCCUCCUGGCAUUUGAUAUUUCAAACCGCCAGACAUUAGAGGGGCUCAGAGCUUGGCGCAACGAUAUUAUACGUUAUUUCCAACGUGGCCAUGGCGAGCGCAUUCCUGUUAUGAUGCUGGGAUUGAAACGAGACCUCAGGAAAGAAGGCGAGGAUAUCAUUUACCCACAGGAGACCUACCGCAUUGCCCAAGAGCUCCGUUGUGACCGGUAUGCCGAGUGCUCAGCAAUGACAGGUGAACUACUGGCAGAGACAUUCGAAGACCUGGCGAGGCUUGCCGGCAUGACUACGACUGAUAAAGGUGGACAAAGUGCGGGUGGCUGUACUAUUCUCUGAUUUUUAACCGGACAGCUGUUAUUUCUGGGAUAAGAGCUCUCUCGAUCGCGAAAAUGAUAUUGAUCUCUCCAAGUAAACUCCUGCGCAUGAUAGCUAUCUGAAAUUGGGGAUAAGAACUGGCA